CACUGGACCCCGAGCAUACAAUCGAUCAACAAGCAUUGGAGCAUUUAUCUCGAACAAUUGCAAUCAUGCCUGACUUCUUUGACAACCUGCGCCGCUCAUACGUUGAUGUCUCUAUUGAUGAGUCUGGCAUCAACACCGCUGAAUUUUUGGAAGCCUCCGAGGGCUUGGUCUCCAUGUUCGACCUGAUUGGCUCUGCCGCUUUCUCUGUGGUUCAGAAGGACAUGACUGGUAACGUCAAGAAAAUCAGGGAUAGGCAGCUCGCCCACCCUUCGACUUCAAUGACCCUAGAGAGCUUGGUCGAGAACGAAGUUAAGGAAAAGAACCGCACUGCCACCCAGGGUUUGCUGUGGUUGACUCGCGGUCUUUCCUUUACCGCAGCAGCUCUGCGCCGUAACGUGGACAACUCUGCCGAGGAGUUGUCUACCAGCUUCACCAAGGCCUAUGAGAGCACCCUGCGAAAGCACCACUCUAUGCUCGUCCGUCCUGUCUUCUCGCUGGCGAUGAAGGCGUGCCCUUACCGAAAAGAUUUCUACGAGAAGCUCGGCAGUGACCAGGCCAAGGUGCAACAGCAAUUGCAGCAGUGGCUCGGGGCAUUGGAGAAGAUUGUCGCGUCGCUGAACGUGUUCUACGAGAAGACGCAGUACGGCAAGGGUCUCUAAGU